UCACUUUAUAUGUAUAAGUAAGAUGGUACAUUUGGGGAAUUUUCUUUUCAGAUGGAGAAGAGUUCGGUUUAAACCUAAUAGACCAUCAAGAAAAUGCUUAGGUCAUAGAUUCUUUAAAAAACAACAAAUUUUGAGAAUUUCAAACCGUUAUCAUGGUAGAGAAAGAAAUUGUUAUGGGGUUGCUAAAAGAAGAGUUAGUAGACAAUUAGGACAAGAAAGUAAUGGUCGUCAAAUUUUACAUAGGCAUUUGAAUUUGUUAUAUAAAGCUAGAGUUAGUGGUGCUUUAUUUGAUUAUAAUAUGAGUUUAUAUGAAUUUACUGCUGGAUUAAGAAAGUCCAAUAUUUUAUUGAAUUUCAAAGCAAUAUCAUUACUUGCAAUCUAUGAACCACUAUCAUUUAAAAGUUUAGUUAAAUUAUCACAAAGAGUAGUAGCAGAUGCUGGCUUAAAAAGUGCUUUAUGGACUCCACCAGAAGGUGUAUAUAUAAGAAAUAUGAAUUAAUAUGCAUUAUACUAUCUUCAAUUUUACAAAUAAAACCUAAAAAAAUCUAGCUGGUCUUCUUUAAAAUAAAUGAAACUUUAAAUGAUAUCUAUUUAUGUUGUAUAUUUUAAU